AUGCGGACCGUCUCGACCGCCCCGGCCGAGUCGAGCCAUACGUGGCCGGCGACUAACUACCCUGACACGAUCUACGACGACACCACUGACAUGGUUUCCUCUAUCGCUACGACUUCUAGUGUUACGACUUCGAGCCGAUCGACUUCGAGCAGAUCGACUUCGAGCGGAUCGACUUCGAGCCGACCGACUUCCGGCAGGUCGACUUCCAGGAGUACGAGUCAGUCCGAGUCUGCGACUACGGACUGGUUUGGUACGGAGUAUGGCUCAAGCGAGCCUGCCACGAGCGAGCCGUUCAUGACUUCUUGGAUGGAGCUGAGCACGUCGUUAGAGUCGUCUUCCAAGGAGGCGGACCUGGUCGUAGUUGUUCCGCCUGACGUGCUGGACAAGACGGAGCCGGCCUACUCGCCGCACACCUACGAGACGGAAGAGGGCGACGUGGUGGAGGUCACGAUCCCGCAUCCCCGCAGUCGCACGGAAGCCAGCGAUACGACCGAACAGUCGCCGGUUCAAAUCGCUCCAAGACCAAACACCACCCAACCACUGCCCCAAGAACCAACGACCAAGGCAGCGACGACCAAGCCACUGACUACCCAACCAAGCGCCACUUCUCCGCAGGGCACGUCCACAACGGAGCGAUUCACGUGGAGUAACACGCCGGUGUGGACCGAAGCCGGGGACUGGUCCACCCAAUCGGAAGACUGGUCGACCAGUUCGGUGGCUUUGCCGCUUGACCCCAGUUCGACCACUAGCGUUGUCACCAGCACUCAAGGAACUCCCAGCACCGUUAGGUCGACCAGGCAGCCCACUGUCAAACCGUCCUCCGCGCCGGAGACGAUUCCCACCUCCACCCGAGCGGCUACCCCGACGGCCGCUCCCACGGUGCCAAGAGGAGCCACCGUUGUACCCGUGGCUGCCCCGUCCACCACCAUGGCAUCGUUACACUCGAGUGCUCCUUCAGUCAAGACAGGGAGCACGUUCCUCGGAGCCACCAGCGGGGUGGAACCUACUACAAGGACUAGUGUAGCAACUGUCACCAGCACUGGUGCGGCCACCACCCGUGGUGCAAUGACCACCACUGGAGCGGGAACUACCACAGAGGAAGGCGGUGGUUGGACGACGGGGGUAGAUUUCUGGACGACUUGGGACGAGAGUUUAUUGAGGACGGGGGAGUUGAGUUCGAGCGAGCCGAUGAGUACGGACGCUGAAGAGGUGCGAGUGCGGCCGGAUUUGUUGUGGAACGACUUGGACGUCAAGCGUCGGGGAUCAAUAAAUUUGCCGGAUCCAGUGGAUUCGGCGCGGUUGACAAAGAAGAGUCAGGUGCGGGCGUUGGUUAACGGGAAUUACCGGUUUGUUCAAGAGUUCGGGAGCAAGGCGGCAGGGGUGAUGGCGGAUGCAUUGAUUGGCGAGUACUAUAAGCGAAUGACGGGUCAAGUGGGCCCUACAGUGAAUGAGGUAUCGUUGUUGAUGGUUUAUCUUCAUGGUGUUCUCAAACGUCAAGAACGGGCGGUCUUCACUGUCAUCGGUAUGAUACACGCUUUUGGCGAACCUCCCUGUGAAGUCCCGCAUCUAGGCCCAGUCAUUUGCGAGACUCUCAAACCCGUUCUGGAGGGCGCCAUAGACAGCAUCGAUGAGUACUCCUGGAGCCUGGACGCCGCCAAGUUCGGCGGUCUACUCGACGCUAUCGAUUCGACCAACCAUCAAAUACAGAGCGAAUCGAAAGGCCUCUAUUCACAUGAACGUACAAACGAUGGUGUGGACAUUCUCCAACUGCAGAGUUUCUACGACACGGACAGGUCUCGUGACGCAUCGCUACGUGCAGGAUCGCUACGUGCAGGAUCGCUUCGUAUACAAACAGACCGACCGGGAAUGGCAGAGACUUAUGAACAGCACGGUCUGCGAGGCGGUUACCCGCGUGUUAGCCAAUUCAGUGGGGCAGUUGCCUCCAACCAGGACAGCAAGUGGAUACAGUACUGGCCGGCUAUUGAAAACAUGUUGGCUACUUUUUAA